GUCCAUUAAUAAAAGCAGUUUUUGGAGAAGUUGUUUUAUCAGAUAUUCAUGCUUCAAUGAAUAAUAUUGAUAAACUUCGUAAUAUUGUAAUGAAAGAACAGAAAUUAUUACAUCCACAUGGACAGGGAAUUAUGGGAGUGGUUCAUGCUUUUAAUCAAAAUGAAGCAAAUUUACGUGAUUAUAUUCAAAGAAUUAUAUUUACAGAUAGUGGAAAUGUUAUUAUUUUAUGUAUGAUUAAAUUACAAGCUAUUCAUAUGUCGAAAUUUAAAUAUUUUAUGGUAGAUAUGUCCUAUAAACGUGUAUUUGGAGAAAUGAAUGAAUUUGAGUUUAAUGCUUAUGAUGAAGAUAAUCAUAGUAUUGUAACAUUUUGUAGAAUUUUUACAAAUGGAAGUGAUUCUAAAAUUUAUCAAUGCAUGUUUACAACUUUCUUUGAAGUUUAUGAAGAUUUAACAGGAGAAAAGCCAUCUUUUUAUCAUUUUAAUUCAGAAAAAAAAGGAUGGGCUGCUAUAAUUGUAGAUCUUGACAAAGGUCAAGCUAAAGGAUUGUCUUUAGCUUUAAAUUCUUUAUGUAAUUCUAUAAGUGCUGAGCAACAUUUACUUUAUAUUUUAAAGUCUUGUUCAGUUCAUUUUGAAAGAAAUGUAAGAAAUUCUAAAUAUUCAGAUGAAAGCAAAUUUUUAAUGCGUCAGCUUCUAAAAGCCAAAACUAAAGAUGAUGUAGAUUUUAUAUUUGAGCAGUUAGAAACUAUUGGUGAUGAGAAAAUACAUGAUUGGAUAACUGAAUACCAAACACCAUGGAUAUUAGCAUCAUUGAAUCAUAAUUAUUCUUUGAUGGAUUAUGAUAUUUGGAUGACUACCCCUUUUGAUACUAAUGUAUCUGAAUGUUCACACGCGAAUGUAAAUAGAGAAGGGACGCGAUUGAGAUUAAAAACUGCAAUAUUUCAGCGGUUUCAUAAUUACCAGAAAUAUAAUAUUCCUAUGUCAAGCAAGAAUAAAAGUGGUACAAAACGAAAAAUAGAUGCUAAUAAGCGAAAAGAAAAACGAAAGAAUAUCCAAAUUCAAAAAUUACCAAACAAAAGGCAGAAAGUGAGUGUUAAGGAAAAUGACUCAGAAUUUCAAAAAAGAAUUCAGGAGUUGGAAUAUGAAGAACGUAAGGAAGAACUAGAAAGAAAAAGAUUGGAUAACCAAUUGAAGAAAUUGGAAAUUGCACAGAAGGAAAAGGAGUUAAAGGAGUUAAAUGAAUAA